AUGAUAUCUAAACAAUGGUCGUUAUAUGAUCUCCAAUAUGUAGUAUUGACAACAAUUUUACUCAUCGAUUUUACUUUAAUACAAUCACCUACAUUCAUACCUCGAUUAUGUAUAGGUUCACUUUUAUUCAUAUCAUUUUGGAUACCUUAUAUUAGACGUUUUACACUACCUGCUUUACCUAUAUUUACAUGGUUAAUUACAUUCUACGCAUGCCAAUUUAUUCCAAUUCAUUAUCGACCUACACAUAUCUUUGUUAAUCUUUUACCUACACUCGAAAGAAUCCUUUAUGGAGCAAAUCUGUCCGAAAUUAUAUCAAAACAUACGCAUCCAAUACUCGAUAUUUUAACAUGGAUUCCAUAUGGAUUAAUUCAUUUUUCAUUCCCAUUCAUAUUAUCUAUUUUAAUCUUCAUCUUUGGUCCACCUGGUUCUUUAAAGACAUUUGGAAAAGCAUUCGGUUAUAUGAAUUUAGCGGGUGUUCUUACUCAAUUAUAUUUCCCGAAUGCAUCACCCUGGUAUGAAAUCAUUUAUGGCUCUGCUCCUGCUAAUUAUUCUAUUCCUGGUGAAGCAGGUGGUCUCAUUCGUAUAGAUAAGAUUUUAGGGUUAAGUUUAUAUGGUUCCUCCUUUGGUACAUCGCCUCUUGUAUUUGGUGCCUUCCCUUCUCUUCAUUCUGGUUGUGCUACAAUUGAAAUGCUAUUCGUUUCUUAUCUUUUCCCCAGAUUAAAGCCAAUAUGCUUUAUAUACGUCAUGUGGAUGUGGUUUUCGACAAUGUAUCUUACUCAUCAUUAUAUGAUUGAUCUCGUGGGUGGUUCUAUUUAUGCUAUCUUAACUUUUACUAUAGCUUAUCCAUUCUUACCUAAACGAAUUCCUCAUUAUCGUACACGUAUGGAUUAUUUUGGUGUAUCCAAAUCAAACAUUCGAACUUUUAUUUAUAGUAUAGAACAUGAAGAUUUGAAUAACGAUAGUAGUGACAUAAAUGAUGAAGAAUCUGCUUUAAAAGAAAUUCAUCAAACUACAGCAACAACAAGAUCUUUUAAAAGACCUGAAUCAUUAAAAUUAUAUACUAUCAAUGAAAAGAGAAUAUUAGAAGAAGAAGAAGAGGAAGAGAAUGAGAGAUUACCUGGUUUAUCUCCUUCAUCUAGUAGUCAUUGGUCUUUUACUUCAGAACCUUCUUCGCCUAUAACGCCUUACAGUAGUAGUCCUAGAAUGCAAUUAAACAAACUUUAA